AAAAUAUUUAGUGGAGGUAGCGGGCCAGUACUUGUAACCGUUUAACUAGUGUACAAUAAGUAUAUAAUCAAUAUAUAAUAAGUAUAUAUAUAUAUAUAUUGGAAUAUAGUGAGAGUUUUGAAAUGUCUAUGACUAGCACUUGUUGAUCUACCACCAAUUUACAAAGAAAAUUAUGAAUAGUAACGGAAUUAUAAAUAGUUCAAAUUACAAAUCUUUAAGCAUGAAUUUACCCAGUAAUCAAGCUACAAGUCAACAAAUGCCCAGUAAUAUUCAACAACAGAUUCAACUAAUGAAUGGAGUAAAUAAUAUUUCCAAUAGUCAAAUGCCUGUAAUACCUCAACCAGCUUUAAUGGCCCUGAAUUCAAUAUUAACAUUAGGACCAUUUAAACAUCGAAAAGAUUUAACUCGAGAAUCAGUAUUAUCAACUUAUCAAAUUAUUGGUUAUAUUGCUGCAGGAACUUAUGGUAAAGUUUAUAAAGCAAGAUUGAAAAAUACUAAUAAAGAAUCUAAUCAAACUAAUCCAAAUGAUGGAAUUAAUGAUUUAAGAGUAAAUGAUGAAAAUGUUAAAAGUAGAACUAUAACAAGACAAGGUACACCAAUUGUUCAAGUUAAUACAGAUUCAACUCCUUCAACUCAAUUAUUUGCCAUUAAGAAAUUUAAAAGUGAUAAUCAUCUGCUGAAUAAAGCUCAUCAUAAUCAUGAUAUGGGAGGUAAUGAAAUUAUUCAUUAUACUGGAAUAUCUCAAAGUGCUAUAAGAGAAAUGUCAUUAUGUCGAGAAUUAAAUAAUAAAAAUAUCAUUAAAUUAAUUGAUAUAAUACUAGAAAAUAAAUCUAUUUAUAUAAUAUUUGAAUUCUGUGAACAUGAUUUAUUACAAAUCAUUCAUUAUCAUUCUCAUCCAGAAGUUAAAAGAAUUCCUCAAGCUACUAUAAAAUCUUUAAUUUGGCAAAUUCUUAAUGGUGUUACAUAUUUACAUCAAAAUUGGAUAUUUCAUCGUGAUUUAAAACCAGCUAAUAUUAUGGUAUCAUCAAGUGGAGUUGUUAAAAUUGGUGAUUUAGGAUUAGCAAGAAAAUUUAAUAAUCCUUUACAAAGUUUAUAUACUGGAGAUAAAGUAGUGGUAACUAUUUGGUAUCGAGCUCCAGAAUUAUUAUUAGGUGCAAGACAUUAUACUCCAGCAAUAGAUUUAUGGGCUGUAGGAUGUAUAUUGGCAGAAUUAUUAUCUUUAAGACCAAUAUUUAAAGGUGAAGAAGCUAAAAUUGAUAUUAAUAAUAAAAAAUCUGUUCCAUUCCAAAAGAAUCAAUUUCAAAAAAUUAUUGAAGUAUUAGGUACUCCCAAUUUGAAAGCUUGGCCUCUGCUUAAUAAAUAUCCUGAUUUCCCAUCAUUUCAACAACAAAUUACUACCAAUUAUAAUAGUAAUAUAGAUCAAUGGUAUAAAUUAAUUGGUGGAACUAAUAAAUUAUGCUUAACAUUAUUAAAGGGAUUAUUAGAAUAUGAUCCUCAAGUAAGGUUAACAGCUGAUAAUGCAUUAGUUCAUGAUUAUUUCUUGGAAUUACCUAAAGUACAAGAGAAUGCGUUUGAUGGGUUGAAUUUGAAAUAUCCAAAGAGAAGAAUAUAUACGGAUGAUAAUGAUAUUAUCUCCAAUCAACAACAGGUGCAUCAGAUGCAACAGCUGCAACAGCAACAACAAAGUCAAGUUCAACAACUGCAACAACAACAACAACAACUGCAACUGCAACAACUGCAGCAGCAGCAGCAACAACAACUGCACCAAAGUCAAUCCCAGGCAGUACAGACCCUUCAACAGACACAAAUCCAACCGGAUAUGGCCUCCUACAAGAGACAAAUGGACGGAAGCGCAGGCAAUGCAGCAAGAAAAAGAGCAAGAUAAUACGGUAGUAUUAAUACUAUUACAAUUAUUUAUAUGGGACUUUACUGACCUCAGAAUGUUUAUAGAUAGUAUAGUACAAUUGAGCUAUGAUAUAUAUGAAGUAUAAUGAUUAUAUUCAAUUAUGUAGAUUAUACAAUUACUAUACAGUUACUAUACAGUUACUAUACAGUUAC